GUCUCGGUCACCGUUUUGUCACUGUUUGCAUUCAUUGUCGGGUUACGUAUUGAUGAUUACUUGGAAAAUGGUACCAAUUUUUCCUUCGAUCGGGUGACAGUGAAAUAAAUCAUGUUGAACAUCGUUAGGGUCAACAAUAAAUCGUGAAAUUUUGUGAUGAAUAAGUAUGAAGGAUGUUAGUGAAUUAGUGAGUGGAAUCGAUUCUCUCUCUCCACAGUUUGUUUUGUCUGUUGGCUGUCCCCACGUUGGUUGCUAGGGUGGACGGGUGUGCGAGGGUUCGUACCGGAGUAGCAUUUUCGUCGUUGAUGGUGUUGGGGCGCAGCUGACGUUUUCCACGUGCGAUACCAAACAAAGCUCGCGAGCGUAGUUGACUUGAGCGCGAGAGAGGAAAACAUUCGACACAUAUAGAAAGCAUAGAAUGUGUUGUACACGAUGAACGGAAAUUGGGUGAAAUAGAGUAACAGCAGUCAAUAGUUUUCUGUAUGUAUGUUCUGUAUGUAUACAUGAUUGCGAUUUCGAUCCUUAUUUAAAAGAUUGGUCGGGUCCAGAACCGUUAGAAUUGUCACCGAAUCCAUCCGGAGAACGUCUGACAAGCCCGGAACUGGCGCCGCAGUUCUCUUCGCAGUUAGUACGACCGUAGUCAAAUAGUAAAUAAUACAACUGUUCCUGUAAUCGAAUCGCAACAGCUGACCGCCGCACCGAGUAUCUGAGCUGAGCUGAGAGAACGAGGAAAAAGCGAGAGCACCAACCGAUUGGUCAUUAGUUGUCGAUCGUCUACGGCAACGCGAGCACAUGCCGUAUAGUGAGUGUCGGGUCGGGAGGCGCCUACACUUCACAAGAUCGUGUCCACAGUGUGCUUAGUGUAGCGUGGUCAGCCGUCAGCAUCAUCACCAUCCAUCAUCAUUGGCAGACGAAAGGCGCAGCUCUUAUCUCCGAGAAAAGCACCACUCGACAGCUGCAGCAGGUUCCGCAGACAGUCAGUCGGUCCGGUCAGUCACGCGUUUGAUUGUGAACCACACAACGCGUGAUCGAACUAACCUACGCACAGCUGAGGCUACAGUCAGUGAGGGUGAAGAAUCGCACCAAAGAACGUUCUGCGGAUAGUCGAAACUCCGAUAGGAGGAGUCUGCUAGGGAACCCAGUGUUAUGCAAGUGAGCGCAAUCUAAUCUAAUCAAGAAGACGGGUAGCAGUGCAGAAGUGUGCUCAACGUGUUGUUGACAAACUUGUGCGAUCGAAAACGAUCGAAAGCGAGAGUGUGAUAAUCAACGGCAACUGAAGCAAGAUUGGCGAAUUUUGCGAAAUUUGGCUUGACUGGAAGAAAUUUUUCUGUGCGCGUUAAGUUAAUUGAAGGCUCCACGUUAGAAGCCUAAUAUAAUGCUGAACCAGAAGAGUGGGAUCAGUGGCGAAAUUUCGAAUGUCAGCAGCAAUGACAAGACGAAAACCAAGUACAACGAGCUGUCCUAUCUGGUGACGAGACAGUGUCUACAGCAGGAGGAGUUCAAUCAGUUGUCGCAGUACGAUAGGGUGAAAGCCUCACCAUUCGAUACUGUUAAAGACGCCAUCCGUAGUUGUAACCCAUUCGCUGCACUGCUCAAAUUCAUCCCAAUCCUGCAAUGGCUGCCCAAGUACAACUGCAAAACCGAUCUCAUGGGAGAUAUUACUGCCGGCAUCACUGUAGCAGUGAUGCAAAUACCUCAGGGAAUGGCUUACGGUCUUUUGGCCGGAGUUCCGGCCAACGUCGGUCUCUACAUGGCCUUCUUUCAAUGCUUGGUGUACACGGUGUUCGGCACAUCACGCCACAUCUCGAUGGGUACCUUUGCGGUAAUCAGUUUGAUGACGUCCAAAGUGGUGGUUACCUAUGCGACGCUACCUCCCCUCGCAACAUCAAAUGUGAACUCAACCUACUCAGUACCACCAGUGAUAGAACCAUCAGAUGAUCCUCAAUACACGCCAAUCCAAGUGGCGACAGCUGUGACUUUUGUUUGCGGAAUCUAUCAUUUUCUAAUGAGUGCGCUGCGACUGGGAACGCUGUCAUCCCUACUAAGUGAACCGCUGGUCAGCGGUUUUACGACUGCAGCUGCCGUGCACGUUAGCAUCAGCCAGAUGAAGGACCUGGUGGGGGUGUCAAUCCCUCGGUACAAGGGAGCCUUCAAGAACAUCUACUCCGUGCGUGACCUGGUCGAACAGGUGCCGAAUAGUAAUCUCACAGCCGUCUACACGUCGGUUAUUGUAAUAUUGUUCAUGAUAUUCAUGAACGAGUACCUCAAACCAAGGGCAUCCAAUUGGUGUCGGUUUCCGAUUCCGGCCGAACUUAUGGUCGUUGUCGGUGGAACAGUGGCAUCGUACUUCAUCGGGCUGGGACCGAACUUCAACGUGACGCUGGUGGGCACCAUUCCAGUCGGUCUCCCCGCACCGGAAAUGCCUCCAAUCUCACUGUUUAAAUUAGUGGCCGUCGACGCCAUUGCCAUCGCCAUCGUCAGCUACUCGAUCGUCAUGUCCAUGGCGUUGAUCUUUGCUCAAAAAGAUGGUUACGAGAUUCGUCCCAACCAGGAGCUGGUGGCCAUGGGCACUACCAAUAUAGUGACCUCCUUCUUCUCGUGCAUUCCAGCUGCGUGCUCCCUAUCGCGAUCGCUGAUUCAGUACCAGUCCGGUGGUAAGACACAGAUCACUGCCACGUUCUCUUCCGCGCUGAUUCUCGUAGUGCUGCUGUGGAUUGGACCGUACUUUGAGUACCUGCCGCGAUGUGUUUUGGCGUCGAUCAUUUUCGUCGCCCUCAAGGGAAUGCUGUGGCAGGUGCAGCACAUCAAGAAGUUUUAUCGUGAGGGAUCGCUUGAGCUGUUGGUUUGGAUGGUGACGUUCUUGACUGUAGUGCUCGUGGACAUCGAUAUUGGUCUGUUGACUGGGGUGAUAAUUUCUCUGUUGGCUCUGUACAUUAAAGGAUGGAAAUCGUACUACAGCUUGCUGGGUACGGUCCCUGAUACGGCGAUCUACGUGGAUCUGGGAAGUCAUAAUCGCGCAGCAGAGAUACCGCACAUCAAGAUCUUCAAGUAUUCGGGAGCAAUCAACUUCGCCAGUCGAGCUACGUUCAAGAAGGCACUGACCAAGGAGGUUGGAAUUGAUCAACGAUUGGUGAGACGUGCGUCACAGUACAAUACAGCUGGUGAGGGAGCUGGGCUGCAGAUCAUUCGAACGGUGAUCAUCGACCUGUCCAGUGUACCACACAUAGAUACUGCCGCUUGCAAAGUGUUCAACGAGAUUAAGAAAGACAUGGCCACGAUUGGGGUGAGCACGUUGAUGGCCUGUCCAGCGGAUUGCGUGUACGAUACGCUAAUCCAUGCGGAAUCGAUUGGCGAGGGUGGUUUUCACAUAUUCCCAACGAUACACGAUGCUGUGCUGUACGCCCAAGGUUCGGUGUCUACGGUAUGAGAUGUGUAAGGUUCAAAGUAUCGGGAGAUGGAAGAGAGUGUGUGCCAAAGAGAAGUUAAUGCUUCGAUGGAUAGUCUGCACUAAUGUGAUGCACGUUGUGCCCGUUGUUAUUCAGUGCAGCAAGUUUUAGUUAACAGCCUACCGAUUAAUAUGUGCCUUCAUCAAUGUUUCACCCUAGAGAAAUAAGGCUCAUUUAUACAAACUAGUGGCAGAUACAAUGGAAUAGUUUAGUACUUAAGAACUAUUGAAGAAACAACCCGUAGGCUUGAACAAAUAUCUCUCACAGGAUGAACUGUAUGUCUCGUUAGAAGUAAUAGAAGCCAUAGAUUUAUAUUUAGUUUGUAUAUUUUCUUUAUUAAUUUUUACUUCAGUCGAAUGUCUAUUUUAGACCAGCAAGGAGUAUUUAUGUGUUAUCAUUUAAUACUUGUAUUUAUUGUUUAUCGAUACUUAGUGAAUAUCUGAAAAGUCAAAAUCCAGAAAGUUACUCACCACCUCUGCAGCCAUCUGCGUGUCAUAUGUAUCUCUGACGAUAUUUAUUGUGAAUAAAUGUUACUUAUUUGUACGA